GCAUUGCGUCGUCGUGAGAGCAUCCAUGAAAAAUUUGUGCUUCUUUGAUACGUGUUAUGUUGUAUGCCUGUUUGUUCGUAGUUCGUGGUUUCAUAAUUAUUUUGGCUGUUGAUUGAAGAAGUAAAAAAUGGUGAAAUUAACACCAGACUUAAUACAGCAAUCUAUGCAGUAUAUAAAUCCAGUAAGAGAUAGGGAAUUAGACCUGCGAGGUUACAAGAUUCCAGUUAUAGAAAAUAUGGGAGCAACACUGGAUCAGUUCGACACGGUUGAUUUCUCAGACAAUGAUAUCCGCAAAUUGGAUGGCUUCCCGCUGCUCAAGAGACUCAAGUGUCUGCUUCUGAACAACAACCGCAUUGUGAGGAUCGCAGAAGGUUUGGAAUUGUGUUUACCGAACUUAGAAACGUUGGUACUGACUGGAAACUUGAUUCAAGAAUUGGCAGACCUUGAUCCUCUUGCUAAUAUUAAGUCUCUGCGUACAUUGAGCCUCCUCCAUAACCCAGUCACGACAAGGCAACACUACCGCCUGUACGUUGCUUUCAAACUGCCUCACCUCCGCUUGCUGGACUUCCGUAAAAUAAAAUUGAAGGAGAGGGAAGAUGCAAUUGCACUUUUCAAAAGCAAGAAAGGCAAGGAGUUGCAGAAGGAGAUCGCAAAGAAGUCCAAGACAUUCGUCCCCGGAGCAGGUCUGCCUGACACAGCCAAGCCAUCAGGGCCGUCUCAGGAGGAACUUUGGAAGAUUCGUGAGGCAAUUUCCAAGGCCAGCUCGUUGGAAGAAGUGGAAAGAUUAAACCGGUUACUGCAGUCUGGUCAGAUACCAGGCAGAAGCAAAAGCAACAGCAAGGCUUCCCUGGUGGAAGAGGAGGAGGUGGAAGAGGAUGAUGAUGCAAUGGAGACGACUGGACCUACGCUGAAUGGGAAGUGAACUGCCGGUUUCUGUAGUGUAUACACUGGGAUGGAUGAGUGACGGAAAUGUGUUAAACGUUGACGAUAACAAGGGUGUGUAACCAGGCAAAUUGGCAGUUAUAAGAUACGAAUGUUUGCUUUCCUCUACACAGUGUUGACUCCCAGUCUUGCCAUGUUGCACCGUGUCACGGAGUACCGACUGUACUAUUCUUUGGCAACGUCAUGAAGCGCUCGUGACGCUCAAUAAUGCCAUGGAGCAGUAUUUGGAGAUCUGAAAGUAGCUCAGCUGGAAGUCUCCACAAACCUACAAAAUGAAGGGAUGUGAUAUGUUGGUCCCACAGUGAACACUGCAGGGCAUUGGGCUUUUUGCAAAGUUCUGGCCCUUAAAUGGUUCAGAGCCGACAUUAAGCUGCCAUUCUGUCAGAAAUAUGCAGAGUCCUGGUCACUGUUCUUGCUUCGGGUACAGCUCCCAGGAGGAAUUGAGAAAACAGCACUGACAUUAUAGGCUGCUAGUGACAUCUGUGCUUAUGAACACCUGAGUUCAAAUGCAGAAUGGUAGAAUUAAUAGUAUUAAGUUAAGAGAAAGCUGAGCCAUGUUGACAGCCCUAAUGUAAUCUGCAAGACUUGGUAAAAUUGUUUGUCUGAUAGAAUUUUACCUUGUUACUAGUGUUUAAUAUGACUUGAGUUUUUGUUUAUGGUAUUUAUGGGAAAAUGAACAUCAGAAAAUCAAGUAUUGGCAGUGCAUGUUGUUUAAGGCUUGGUCACUCAUGUCUGAAAGU